CAAACCAUUUUAAAACGUGUGUGAACAUAAUCCCAAAUUAUCAAAAAGGAUAAUAAUCUUACGAACAAUUAGGGUUUGGAACAUCAAGUUGGGGGAAAAUCGAUUCCAUAUGAACAACAAUGAGUUCACAGAAGAAGAAGAAUUUUCAAAUCGAAGCGUUUAAGCAUCGAGUGGUGGUGGAUCCGAAGUAUGCCGAGAAGACAUGGAAGAUUUUGGAGCAUGCAAUUCAUGAGAUUUACAAUCAUAACGCAAGUGGCCUCAGUUUUGAAGAGCUUUACAGGAAUGCCUACAAUAUAGUGCUGCAUAAGUUCGGAGAAAAACUCUACUCGGGGCUCGUGUCAACGUUGACAUCUCAUCUAAAAGAAAUAGCAGUGUCAAUAGAAGCUUCUCAGGGGGCUUUGUUUCUAGAAGAACUAGACAGGAAAUGGAGCGAACACAACAAAGCAUUACAAAUGAUACGCGACAUAUUAAUGUACAUGGACCGAACGUUUAUCCCGAGUACACACAAAACUCCCGUUCACGAGCUCGGUCUUAACUUAUGGCGGGAUAAUGUCGUUCACACAAUCAAGAUCCAAACGAGACUUAAAGACCGACUCCUGGAACUCGUGCAGAAAGAACGGGACGGUGAAAUCAUUGACCGUGGUUUAAUGAGGAACGUGAUCAAAAUGUUAAUGGAUUUAGGCUCUUCGGUUUACCAAGAAGAGUUUGAAAAACCGUUUCUUGUUGUUUCGGCUAAUUUUUACCGUGGUGAGUCUCAACUGUUUAUUGAAAACUGUGACUGUGGGGAUUACUUGAAGAUAGCUGAGAAACGGUUAAACGAGGAGAUCGAACGCGUGUCGCAUUAUUUGGAUGCGAAAAGUGAAGUGAAGAUAACAAAUGUGGUGGAAAAAGAGAUGAUAGAAAGCCAGAUGAUUCGAUUAGUACACAUGGAGAAUUCAGGGUUAGUUAAUAUGCUUGUGGACGAUAAGUACAACGAUUUGGGUCGAAUGUAUAAUUUGUUCCGUAGAGUGCCGAACGGGCUGUCGUUAGUACGGGACGUGAUGACAUCACACAUUCGAGAAACGGGUAAGCAGUUAGUGACUGAUCCCGAAAGGGUAAAAGAUCCAGUGGACUUUGUUCAACGUCUUUUGGAUGAAAAAGAUAAACACGAUAAGAUCAUUAAUCUUUCGUUUAACAACGAUAAAAUGUUCCAAAACGCGUUGAACUCUUCGUUUGAGUAUUUCAUUAAUUUGAAUACGCGGUCUCCGGAGUUUAUAUCGUUGUUCGUGGAUGAUAAGCUGAGAAAAGGUUUAAAAGGGGUUAGUGAAGAGGACGUUGAAACGCUACUAGAUAAAGUAAUGACGCUUUUCCGUUAUCUUCAAGAGAAAGACGUUUUCGAAAAGUAUUAUAAACAACACUUGGCGAAAAGGCUCCUUUUUAAUAAGAGCGUGUCGGAAGAUGCAGAGCGAAGUUUAAUUUUGAAGCUUAAAACCGAAUGCGGGUAUCAGUUUACGUCAAAACUGGAAGGUAUGUUUACCGAUAUGAAAACGUCUGAUGACACAAUGCAAGGGUUUUAUGCAGCGAUGGGACCCGAGUUAGGUGACGGGCCCACACUCGUGGUCCAUGUUCUUACGACCGGAUCGUGGCCGACUCAACUGACCACCGCCUGCAACCUACCACCCGAAAUCCUCACUGUGUGCGACAAGUUUAAAAUGUAUUACCUUGGAACGCACAACGGGCGCAGGCUGACGUGGCAAACAAGCAUGGGGUCCGCUGAUAUUAAAGCAACGUUCGCUGGAGGCCAAAAACACGAGCUUAAUGUUUCGACUUACCAGAUGUGUGUUCUAAUGCUGUUCAACAAUGCGGACGGGCUGAGUUAUACGGAAAUCGAACAGGCUACCGAGAUACCGACGUUAGAUCUGAAACGGUGCUUGCAGUCGUUAGCUUGUGCUAAAGGGAAAAACGUGCUUAGGAAAGAACCGAUGAGCAAAGACAUCGACGAACAUGACACCUUUUUUUUCAAUGAUAAGUUUGCUAGCAAGUUGUAUAAGGUGAAGAUUGGGACUAUCGUGGCACAGAAGGAAUCCGAACCUGAAAAACAGGAGACAAGACAAAAAGUUGAGGAGGAUCGGAAACCUCAGAUCGAGGCGGCGAUUGUUAGGAUCAUGAAAGCGAGACGAGUAUUGGAUCACAAUAAUAUGGUGGCUGAGGUGACAAAGCAACUGCAGUCGAGGUUUCUACCGAACCCAGUUGUGAUAAAGAAACGAAUCGAGUCGCUUAUCGAGAGGGAGUUUUUAGAAAGGGACAAAGAUGAUAGGAAGUUGUACCGUUAUUUGGCUUGAUGAUUUGGGUACUUGGUAUCUGAUCCUGGCCUAUUUGCUUUGUGUGCCUUUGUUUUCUUGGUGUUUUUGCGCGUGCUAGAGCACGCACACACAACAUCUAUACUCGAACACACAACGGACCCAAAUAUACACCCCAUAUACACAGUAUUGUUGUGAUCAAACAUUAAAUAUGGGGUUUUGUGAUGGGUUUUAUCGGACCUGGUUUAGAGUUAAUUUUAUUUGCACAUUUGAUCUUGUU